UGUCAAUUCUCAGUUUAGUUACACCGUUUUUUAAUUUUUUUGUUAUAAUGGUUUGGUCGUAUUAUGGUAUUAUUAUUGGUUUUAUUAUGGUUAUUUCAGGAUCUAUUAACACACUUUCCACCAAAUGGGCGGAUAUUACUAUAUCGCCAGGCUAUUCCUCUAAGCCUCAUUUGUUUAAUCACCCAUUAAUCCAAACUGCUGGUAUGUUUUUUGGUGAAAUUUUAUGCCUAAUAGCAUUUAAGAUUGUUAAUUGUAUUAAACUAAGGCAUAAUAAUGAGAACUUACCUUUAUUAGAAUUAAACCAAAGGGACUUGAAUUCUUUUUCACCAUUUAUUUUUUUCCCUCCAUGCUUAUGUGACAUGAUUGCUACAUCACUAAUGUAUUUUGCAUUAGUUCUUACAUAUGCCUCUAGCUUUCAAAUGCUUAGAGGUGCAGUAAUUAUUUUCACUGGUCUGAUGUCAGUGACAUUUCUAAAUUCUUAUUUAUCUCCUAUUAAAUGGUUUGGAAUCUUCAUCAUAAUUGCUGGAUUAACCCUUGUUGGAUUAUCAGAUUUAUUAUUUGUAGAUAAUAAUCAAUCUUUCAACAUAGGUUACAAACCUUUUGACAGAAAUGGAGUUAUUGCUGGUGAUCUACUUAUAAUAUUGGCUCAAAUUAUAGUAGCUUGCCAAGUAACUUAUGAAGAACGUGUUAUUACAAAAUAUAAUAUCAGUCCACUACAAGCUGUAGGAUGGGAAGGAGUAUUUGGUUUUUUGAUGCUAAGCGUGAUAAUUUUUAUCAUGAAUUUCGUUCCACUCUCUUACUUUUCGAGUUCAACAAACCCUUAUAUAAUGGUCGAAGAUGUUAGAGAUGCUUUUUAUCAAAUCAAAAAUUCAUGGAUAUUAACCUUAGCUAUGUUAGGAAACAUAUUGAGCAUAGCCAUUUUUAAUUUCGCCGGUGUGUCUAUAACCAAAAAUAUGAAUGCUACAACAAGAAUGGUUUUGGAUAGCUUUAGAUCUUUAUUAAUAUGGGUGGUAUCGUUAGGGAUAUCCUGGCAAAAAUUUCAUUAUCUUCAACUAAUUGGAUUUUUGGUAUUAAUAAUUGGAAUGAUUAUUUACGAAAAACUAUAUACCCAUAUUAUAAGGCCUUUUCAUAUUCUUAUAGUAGAUACAAAUUAGAAUUUUUAUGCAGUUAUUAGUAUCAUCAUUUUAGUUAAAAAAAUUUAUCUUGUUGCAUGGGUUUGUAAUUGUAUUAUAAAAAACAUUUA